GGUGCAUUCAUAUAUACCUAAUCCCCUGAACAACCUCAUCCUUUGCAUCGUCAACAUCUGUUUCGGUUGACGUGCGCGACACACUUCUUCAGAGACAAUCUGUAUCUGACUUCGCUGGCGUGCCACUGGCCGUUGCUCACCAUGGCAUCCUCUUUCCGCCAAACCGGCCGUAAGAUCAUCGCUAUUGGGCGUAACUACGCCGAUCAUGCAAAAGAGCUCGGCAACGCCGUCCCCACCGAGCCUUUCUUCUUUCUCAAGCCUACGAGCAGCUACAUCGACAAUGGCGGCACAGUUGAGAUCCCCCGCGGCAUCAAGUGCCAUCACGAAGUCGAGCUUGGUGUCGUGAUCGGCAAGGAGGGCCGGGACGUCUCGCCGGAGGACGCUGACUCUUACAUUGGCGGAUAUGCGCUCGCAAUCGACAUGACGGCACGGAACUUGCAGGACAAGGUCAAGAAGAAGGGCUUGCCGUGGUCGGCCGCCAAAGGCUUCGAUACAUUCAAUCCUGUCAGCUCUUUCAUCGAGAAGAGCAAGAUCCCAGACCCGCACAACGUGCGCCUGUGGCUGAAAGUGAACGAGAAGACGCGACAAGAUGGCAACUCAAAAGAUAUGAUCUUUAACAUCCCCUCGCUCAUCGAGCACGUCUCCAGCAUCAUGAAGCUCGAAGUCGGCGACCUUCUCCUCACCGGUACGCCGCAGGGCGUCGGCGAGGUCAUGCCGGGCGACACCAUCACCGCCUGCCUAGGGCUGCCAGAGCAGAACGGCGGAAGCAAGGUGCUGGCUGAGCUCAAGCUGUCCGUUGUUCAGCGACAAGGCGGCUACGAGUUCAAAGAGUAGGGUGAUGCGUCCGUCGAAUGCCAGAUGCUGGGUGAAAUGGCACGUGAUAUUUACCCAAGCAACUAUAGUUAAAUGCACAUAUGCUCGCGCUUUUCGGAUCACACGGUGCGCCGGUGUGACGCCUGAUGCCCUCCCGUGCAAUUUCAACCCAAGCAGGGUAUGUAUUCGUAUAAAUGGC